AUGGAGAGAGUCACCCUCAUCCUCCUUUACCUGGCUAUUCCUAGCCUUCUCUUCUCAGCAAUCCAGAAAGUACUUUCCUGGAAAAAUGGCAGCAAGCCCAAGGCCAAGUUUCCAGGGCCCCGGCAGUUCCCGCUCGUUGGCCGCAUCCACGACUUGCCCCGGUUCAGCCUCUGGCUCAAAUUCAAGGAAUGGGCAGAUGAGUUUGGUCCUAUCUAUUACACGAGGGCAGUUGAGAAUGAGUUCAUCAUCGUGACAGAUGAGAAGAUCGCGGAGGAGCUCCUCGUCAAGCGCGGGUACAUCUACUCUGGUCGGCCCCAAAUCCGGUCACUUAUUAAGCACAAGGAAGGGCCAGCGUACUCAGCACUGAUGGACCGUCAUGAUAUUUGGAAGACGCAGAGGAAGUGGGCUCACGCUGCCAUGGCGGAAGCCUACAAACACCAUUUUUAUGGGCACGUCGAAGCUGAGAUGAAGCGCUACCUCGGCCUGCUGCUUCUCGAUCCGGCUCGCUUUCUGGACUAUACGCGCGAAUAUUGCGGACGCGUUAUGUCGCGGCUAGCCUGGGACGACGCGACACAAGGACGUCUGAACGGAGAGUCGGCUGACACUACCCUGCACUGCAUGAGUGUCUCAGGUCCCAUCACGAACACGGUGACUCCCCUGUGGUUCCUGCCAUCAUUCAUUAACCCCUGGUAUAAGUUCGAGGUCAAGCGUGAGCGCGAGCAAAGACAGUGGUGGAUAAACCUGUUCCGGAUAGCGAAGCAGCGUAUGCUUCGCGGUGAUCUCCCAAGCGAUACCUGGGCCUAUCGCUACUUUGAGCAGCUACGACGUGAGGGUAAUGUCACUCUCGAGCAGACUAAAGACCAGGAAGAUUUUGCCAGCUGCAUGAUCGGAUUCCUGAACCUGGUGGGCGUCGUUACCAUCAGCGGCCCGCUUAAGUUCUACCUCAUGGCGAUGGCGUUGCACCCACAUUGGCAAAAGAAAGCUCAGGAAGAGAUCGACCGUGUGUGCGGCGAUCGGAUGCCGACCAUGCAGGAUUACGAGAAGCUGCCGAUCGUGCGAGCCUGUUUGAAGGAGACUGUCCGUUGGCGAUCGGGUGUACCACUCGGUGUUCCACACCAAGCGGAGCGGGACGACGAGUAUCGGGGCGUCAAGAUCAGGAAGGGCACUAUCAUCCUUGCCUGCGAGUGGGCUCUGAACCGUGUCCCAACCAAAUAUCCCGAUGGCGACAACUUCCGGCCCGAGCGUUGGCUUGAGCCUGGUUGGCCAACCUAUCAGGAGCCCCUCACCCGCUAUCCCAACUUCCGCGAGGGCCAGGCCAUGCACACGUUCGGCUUCGGCCGCCGCACGUGUCUGGGCCAGAACAUUGUCGACGAUGAGACCUUCGUGUUUGGUGCCGCUGUGCUUUGGGCCUUCAACCUUGGUCAGAAGGUCUGCCCAUGCACUGGCAGGCCUGUGCCAAUCGACACACAGGCAACCAACAGUCACGUCAUUUUGGAGCCGCUGCCGUAUGAGAUUAGCAUCAAGGUGAGGAGUGAGGAGAGGGCGAGGCAGAUUUUGGACGGUUAUAAGGAGGUGCAGGCGCAGCUGAGGGUUUGA